AUGAGACUAAAUCUGAGGUGGUUGUUUUUCCUACUCUGCAGCUCAUUAAAAUUCAGCCUUGUCUUCACUCUGCUGCUGUCCACAAUGCACGUGCUUCCCUGUUAUCCAGUUCUAUCAUCUAAGGUGUCUGGGAAGCCUGAUUACUUUCUCGUCCUGCUGAGCAGCUGCCUGGCCAGGCUGGAUGGGAGCGAGGAACCAGCAUUUUUAAAGCCAAUUUUGGAGAAGACAUCUAUGAAAAGGUCCUUUCGCAAUGGAGUUGGCACAGGGAUGAAAAAAACUUCCUUUCGAAGAGCAAAACCAUGA